CACCUAUUAUACAACAAAAUGGGUAAACUUUUGCAGAAGAAGAAGAACCGGUCCGGCUUGUCUAAGGCCAGGGCCAAGAACAGCCGUCUCAAGAGCGGUAACAAGAAGAUCAAUGUGCUGGGCAACGCCAUCAUCGCUGAGAACUGGGACAAGAACCUCACUUUGACACAAAAUUACAAGAACCUGGGUCUUCUCCACAAACUGAACGCUCCUACCGGUGGUCGUGAACGCCUCCCCGGAACAGAAGAUGAUGCCGAUGCUUCCCACUCUCUGCAGAUCCGCGACAGCGGUAAGGCCGCUGCUCAGAUCGAACUCGGCGAGAUCCGCGUCGAGCGUGACCCCGAGACUGGAAACAUUAUCCGUGUCAUUCGUGAGGAUGAGCAGAUCGAAGUUGCUGGUCGCUUGCGCCGACGCGCCAACCCGCUUAACGACCCUUUGAACGAUAUCGAGGACAAGGUUCUGGAUUUCCAGACUAAUGCUUCCAACACUGAUGUUGUGAAGAAGCUGGAGCGCCAGGCCAACAAGGAGGGUGUUGCUGAGAAGACCAAGAAGCCCCGACACCUGAGCACUCGCGAAAUCGAGUGGGUUUCACGGCUCGUUGAAAAGCACGGAGAUGACCUUAUGGCCAUGGUCCGGGACCGCAAGCUCAACCCUAUGCAGCAGAGCGUGGGAGAUUUGCGGCGGAGAAUCGACAAGUGGCAGCAGUGGAAGCAGACCCAGGAGUAAAUUACUGGGCUCUUGCACGUUCCUCUCUAGCAUUCGGUUACGGCGAUUCGGGCGUUCUCUGGGUUGUGUUUCAGAAAACAAAAAGUGGUCUAGUGUUUGUACGCAUAUCUAUGACAGAUAAACCUAAAGCAGUACAUAGUGGCUCGGAUCGAGCAAAUAUCAUAUUUCAUUU